UUCUUGAAUCUUUUAGAAACAUAUAUAAUAAAGAAAAGCAUUGCCGCCCAUUAAAAGAGAAAAGCUGAACAAGACACCAUAACAAGAAAAGAUGCUGCAGGAAUACAAAGAGAAAAGGAGAGAUACUCAUACAAGUGUUUAGAAGGAGAGAGGGAAUUGAACUAGCUAGGUGCAAGUGCAACAAACAGAAAUUAGAUUAAAGAAAUGUAUAGAUUUAGCAACACAGUUAUUGGGUUCUUGAAUCUUUUCACUCUCUUAGCUUCCAUACCUAUCAUUGGUGGAGGCUUAUGGAUUGCAAGAAGCAGCACAACCUGUGAAAGUUUCCUCCAAACCCCACUUCUGGUUGUGGGUUUUGUUGUGCUCAUAGUUUCACUAGCUGGCUUCAUUGGAGCUUGUUUUCAUGUAGCAUGGGCACUUUGGGUCUACCUCGUGGUCAUGUUGUUCCUUAUUGCAACCUUAAUGGGAUUGACUAUUUUUGGGUUUGUUGUCACAAGCCAAGGUGGUGGUGUGGCUGUUCCUGGUAGGGUUUACAAGGAGUAUAGGCUUCAAGAUUAUUCUCCUUGGUUGAGAGAUAGGAUUAAUGAUCCUGACUAUUGGAGAACGAUUAGAAGCUGCAUAGUGGGUUCCAGGACUUGUGCCAAGCUUGCCUAUUGGACUCCUCUUGAUUAUACAGAGAAAGACAUGUCUCCCAUCCAGUCUGGAUGUUGCAAGCCACCAACUUCAUGUAACUACUACAUGCCAACAAUGUUGCCUCAAGACCCAGAUUGCUACAGAUGGAACAAUGCCCCAACUUUACUUUGUUAUGGGUGUGAUUCUUGCAAAGCUGGAGUGCUUGAAGAUGUGAGAAGGGAUUGGCACAAGCUCUCAGUACUUAAUAUUGUGAUGCUUGUGCUUCUCAUUGGGAUCUAUUCAAUAGGAUGUUGUGCUUUCAGAAAUACAAGAAGGGCUGAAACUGAUUACCCCUAUGGAGAAAACAGGAUGAGCAAAAUCAGACCCAGAUGGGAUUAUUAUUGGUGGAGAUGGUGGCAUGACAUGAAAGAACGACUUUACUAGAAGAAAGUUCCAAUGGUUGUGUUGAAAAUUUCAGUGGGUAUGUUUGCUGCUGCUGCUGCUGCUGAUUUAAAGAGGAGACAAUUCUGUUGUUUUGAAGUGGAAAUUGGUGGCCAUAUAUAUAUAUAUAUAUAUAUAUAUAUAUAUAUAUAUAUAUAUAUAUAUAUAUAUAUAUAUAUAUAUAUAUAUUGGAAGUUUCAAUCUCACCUUCUUUCUUUUCACACAACUUCUCUUUGUCUGUUGCUUUUUUUUUUCUUUGUACAAAGAUGAAUUUCACUUUUAAUUUCCAAAAAUUAUAUA